AUGAAGAACAUUGGAAAUCUCAAUGAGGCAUCGACGUGCGUGUCGUCGAACAUCGACACGUCAGACACGAAUGGAGAGAGAUCGGCGUACUCGUACGAUUCGGUACCUGCUGAAAACGGCGACGAUUACUACAUAUCAGCGGAGACGAGUAUCGUCAGCGCCGCCACCAACAAGGACCACGAUGCGCUCUUUCGUAUCUUGAAGCCCAUGUUGGAUAAGAAUGACGUCUCUCACCUGGAUUCUAUUUGCGCGCUGCAUUGGGCAUGCUACUGCGGCCACCCAGAGCUGGUUGAGACCCUGCUCAACGUCGGCUGCGACCCGCACUGCCCGGACGACAUCAACCUGGAAACGCCUAUUUACUUCGGAAUCAGGGGAUCGAACGUGCAGAUCGUGCAGAUGCUCGUGCAGCGCUUCGGCACGGAGCUGCUGUGCCACGAGAACCGGAAGAGGCUGACGCCGUUCUUGCUGGCGGCCUCGGAGUUUCUGGAGGACAACGUGAUAUCGACUUUGCACAUGCUGGAGUUCCUGUACCUAUCUGGGGUCUCCUUGGAGGAACAGGAUGCGUCGGGCCGCACGGCGCUGAUGCUCGCAAGCAGGCGGGGAUGCCAAUUUGUAGUACAAUGGCUGCUGAGCCGCGGCGCGAACCUCGCGCACAGGGACCACAUGGGAAACACGGUGUUGCAUCACGCGUGUGAGAGCGGUAACGAUGAAACGCUCAGGUUCCUCUGCAUGCACGGGGGCAUCGGACUCGUUCACUCCAAGGCACUCGCCGCAACCGCCAACGAGGAAACGGCUCUCGGCAUAUGCCUCAUGAAGCGCAGAUUCCUGCAGUACUCGAUGCUUAAGAUCUGGUCGUGGCAAUACGCACUCACGGGGCGCAUGUUGGUAUUCAGGACACCGCACCCACUCUACUUCUGGACCGGGGGGAUUAUUAACCUCGUGCUGUACUGGAGGAUAUACUCAACACUGGAGACAGCCACCUCGAUGCAGGCGGCGCUGGUCGACGUCUGGAUUCUCGGUUGGAUCGCCAGCUACGGAUUCUGGAUUAUCACCUCCGCCAGCGACCCCGGAAAAGCACGCAAGAACCCAGUCAUGUCGCAGUCGCACAGGACAUCCGCCAACUUCGAAAACGACAUCAUGAAGGACGCGCCCAUGCUCGGAGGGACCUACGAAGCGCAGCUGCAGUCGCUGCAGAAGCAGCAGGAGCUCAUCAACUACGAGCUCUACCGUAUCAACUGCGAAGCGUACAGGCUGAACUCGUGGGUGCCUCAUGAGGACUUCAGCGGGGAGCUUAGCGAGCCACUUGACCCGUGCGGGUACGCGGGAGAGGACGGCAUGGCGCAGCGGAUGCAGGUCUGCAGGGAGGAGGCGCAGAUACUGCAAACCGAGAUGCACGCGCUCUACCCGCAAGUCGGAGUGGAAAGGCAGGAGCACUGCGUCUUCGGCUACGCGGACGCGGUCAUGGGAUCCGUUCGGGACCUCAGCAUAUCCACCGUGUGCAUCACGUGCAACAUGAUCAGGGCGGCGAGGUCGCACCACUGCGGGACCUGCGGCGUGUGCAUGGUCAGACAGGACCACCACUGCGCAUGGUUGGACAACUGCGUCGCGAAGGGCAACCAGCGUGCAUUCGCCGUGUUCGUCUCAAGCGUGUGCAUCGGCCUCUGCCACACCUACUACGUGGUGUACCUCCACUUCGCGGCGGAGUACGCGCGCAUGAAGUUCGACUGGGCAUGGGAUGUACCCAUCAUCUUGUUCGGAGUGCUCGUUAACGCCGCCUGCCUCGCUUUCGCCGUGCGCCUCUGUCUCAGAAUCUCACGGAACAUGGCCACCGACGUCACCUUCUACGAGUACCUCAGGAAACCCGAACACAUCAGGCAACGCUUCAAAGGCCAGGUCGAGGGCAAAUUCUGGGACUUCGCAGACAUGUCGCUGCUCAAGGCGAUCGCGAACUGCGGCAGUUUCUGGGUGGCCAGUUGA